UUCGUUAUUCACGGAUUGUCAGUCCUCUAAUAAGGCGUUCAGUACUGGUUGUCCAACACGAAGCUGGGGGUGCAAGUGUAGUUUCACGAUGGCAGAUGGAGGCAGCGAUGAUGAAGUCAUUCACCUGGCAAGCUUCAACGUUCACCGCAGCCAAGGCUCCCGUGCCCAUAAGAGGGAGCUCAUCACCAUCUCUGAUGACUCUGAUGAGGAGCCUGUGACUCUGGUACCUGGCAGCCCUGUUCUAGUCCCGGACGAUGCUGAUGAUGAUGACAUCAGGAUACUGGAGCCACUAACUCCUGCACGCAGACAUCUGAUCCGCCCAGCAGCAAAAUGGAGCGGGGCCUCGCACAACCUUAUUCAAGUUGUAGGUCAUAGUAGCACCACUCCUGCGGUUCCCACAGGGGACCCCGGUCCUGCCCCUUCUACCUCCAGAGAUGCCAAGGCCAACUCCUCCACAGUCAGGCCAGCCAUACGAACACCAGUGCAGUCUAGCACUUCUGGACCUACACAGCCACAACCUGGCUCUUCAUCACACACACUGUCUCAGCCAAAACUUAACACAAACUCACAGCAACAGGAUGGUACGUCAGCACAUAUAAAAGUGGAGCUCCAUACAGUUUCUGCUAUCCAAACCCCAUCUACCUCCACAAACGCAAAGACUAGCGCCACCACAUUCAGAACACCUUCACAAGUACUAAUUCAGCCUCAGCCCAGCACAUCUGGAGUCAUGAAGCCACAAGCUGGCUCUUCAGCACACAUAACAGUGGAGCCCCAGACGAGAAACUCAACCAGUGCCACACAUUAUUCUUGUUCAGUUGCAAGUUCUUCUACAAAGACUCAAGAAGAGGCAAGUACAAGUACUCAUUCACAAGACAAUCCUCAGGCCAGUACUUCAUCUGCAAAGUCUCACACAAGGACGCAGUCUCAGCCCGGUACAUCCACACAGCUCCAGUCCAGUGGGACCCCCACUGUACAGCCCCACCUCAUUCCAGUGAAGGAGGUGAAGCUAGGUGUUCUUCCCCAGCAGCCGAACAUCCAUGCCUCUGCUCUAAUAACCCAACAACAGCUGCGGCAUAGGCCCCAGAACCCGCUGCAGCCCAUGUCGCUCAAGUGCAUGCACGGCAAUCUCAUUCAGAUUGAACUGCAGCCACUGGCUCAGGCCCCUGCCCAGCCCCCUGUCCAGGCCCCUCACCUCCCUCAGGUGGUACCAGUGAUCCCCCCUGCAGUGCUAAUAGCUGCAGCGCCAGAGAGACUAGGACCUCCAGAGGCAGGUCACCGGAUCAUCCUGGGGAGCCAGGCGCCUGGAGAGGCUGUGCCCAAUCCUCCGCCACAGGCUGGUCCCUCCAGCAUGGUCCAACCAGCCCGCAGCCUCAACAUCAGGGUGGCUAAUGUGAAUGCUAACCCUCCUGCUCCUCCAGCUCCCACGGCUUCAGUUCCCCACAACGCAGGAGAGGCUCGUGUCAUUCUGGCUCCAGCUCCCAACCCAGAAAGGGUCAACCCAGCCCCUGGUCUAGUCGCGGUCCCUCCUGCACCAGAGGACAUUCCCUUAAUAGAGGAUGCGAGGCCGGGUCCCUCUGCACCACGAGGGAGAGCGGAGCAGCAGCCCCUCAUUAGAACCCUUAUCGAUGGUGUUUUGGAUCUAUUCCCAGAUGUCCAAGAAGCCUAUGUAGCAGAACUGAUCCUAAAGAACAAUGUGAAAGACUUGAAUGUUAUCUGCAACCUGUUGUUGGAGAACCCAGAGUAUCCAAAAAGGGAGACUGCAGCAGCCACAGCAGCACCCACCAGCAUCCUACUGGAGUCUGGAGACAGUCAGACAGAGGUGACCGAGGACCUGUUCGAUUAUGGCAAACUGAGUACGGUGGGACCUGAGUCUGUGAUGCGGGCUGCCGACUUGCUCAUGGCGGAUUUCAGGAUGCUCAGUUGUCAGGACAUCAAAUGGGCCCUCAAUGCUCUGAAGGGACACUAUGCAAUCACACGCAAGGCCUUAUGUGAAGCUCUGAAGAAGUGGCAAGAUUCAGGCGACCUCUCAGGAAAGAGGCGACGGAGCAGAACCUCCUCCGAGCGCUGCUACAUUGAUUUCCAUUUUGAGCAUGGCUCAGUAAAGUUUGACAAGAGGAUGUAUUUCUUGGAGAAGGACCGUCGGUACUGCAGGAUCUGGAUCAAUCUGGAAGCUACUCUGCAGAAGGAGCUUACAUUCUAUCAGCAGAAGGCCAAGGAAUGGGCAGAGCAUGAGGACUUCCUCUUGGCUCUGCAGGUCAACGAAGAUGAAUACAAGAAGGACGGCCAGCUGAUCGAGUGUGGAUGCUGCUUCGGCGAGUUCGCCUUUGAGAAGAUGACGCAGUGUUCAGACGGCCACCUGUUCUGCAAAGAGUGCCUGGUCAAAUACGCUCAGGAGGCAGUAUUUGGCUCUGGAAAGUCUGAGCUGAGCUGCAUGGAGGGGGGCUGCCCGUGCUCCUACCCAGUUUGUGAGCUGGAGAAGGUCCUACCAGAGAACAUACUGUGUAAAUAUUAUGAGAGGCAGGCAGAGGAGGCGGUCGCUGCCACCUGCGCUGAUGAACUCGUGCGGUGUCCGUUUUGCAACUUCCCAGCCUUGUUGGACAAAGACAUGUCACUGUUUAGCUGCCCCAACCCUCGCUGCCGCAAGGAGAGCUGUCGGAAGUGCCAAGUCCAGUGGAAGCAGCAUGUGGGAAAGACGUGCGAGCAGGUCCUGGAGAGGGACGAGAUCCGCAUGAGGGUGCUCUUCGAGGAGCGCAUGACGGCAGCUCGGGUGAGGAAGUGCGUCAAGUGCGGGACGGGCCUGGUCAAGUCGGAGGGCUGCAACAGGAUGUCGUGCCGCUGCGGCAGCUUCAUGUGCUACCUCUGCAGAGAGCCCAUCACGGGCUACAACCACUUCUGCCAGCACGCGCGCUCUCCGGGCGCUCCUUGCCGCCACUGCCGCAAGUGCUCCCUCUGGACAGACCCCACGCAAGACGACGAGCGAAUCAUUCAGGAGAUCCAGAAGGAAGGUGAGGCAGAGCUGAACAAGAAGUCUGCAGAUAAUUCAGGGAAGAGGGUCGGCCCCCCUCCGGAGCCCAUCACUGACGUCAAGCGGCCACGCGUGGGUCCGCCCCCUGAAAACCCACCGAACCCGAACCCUCUGGUCCCUCCUCAGCCGCAGGCGGUACAAGCUCCCCUCUUCGUGCCUCCGCGUGCCCGCUACCCGCCAGCUCCACCCCAGGGCAGGAUGUACCACCAGGUGAUCGUGCCCCGGCUGCCCCCGGCCCCCUACGUGCCCCCUUUACAGCACCUGCCCCCCCUGAACAAUAACAACAACAACAACCACCACCAUCACCACCACAACCCUCCUGUCAACCCUCCUGUCAACCCCCAUCACCACAACAUGGACGUCAUGGACCUGCCCAUGCACUACGGACCCCCACACCGCUACUACAGACGCUUCUAACACACACUCUGUGUCGAGUGUGUCAGCCCUUGCGCGAACACUCACACGCUCGCUGACUGCAGUCAUACUUUUCAUUUCAGUGCAGUUUUUGAGAUGUGGUGUUUUUCUAAUCUCUGUCACGGUGCAUCACCUUUUUCUCCGUUCUCUUUGUUUCAUGUUCACUCAUGUGGAUUUCUGACCUGCCGCUUGACUCAUUCCUUUGUGUUUCAGAUGAUAAAACACACUGAAAUGAUAAGUGCAUCUGUAGAAAGGUACGCGUUCGGACACUUUGCCUUCUCCCUCUGAACUUGGGACUCCAGUGAUGCGGUGGAUCCCCAUGUUACAUGUUUUUUUUCUUCAUCUUUUCUGUUUAAAAUACUGGAGCUGAACUGAUGAACGGAGUAGAAUCUUGUGACAAUUUAUUUCCAGUUUAUACAGAUAUUUUUGAGUACAUAAUUGGAAAAAAAAAACAGUUAGCAUUCCCUUCUGUAUCUUUUGUGUAAGCUGUGAGAUCACACAGUUUUAAUAAAAAAUGCGGUUCA